AUCCACUCUUUCUCAGCGCGCCCUCUAAACUUCUUUUUGUUUUUCCGAAAUUUCAGUCAGUGCAGUCACCCUUUUGACCCCUUUCUCCCUCUCUGCGUUCAGAUCCACACCCCUUCAGUAUUUCCAUGGCUUCGAUUCCAUCGGACCGCAGCAAGGCCAUCACGCGUCGAAAAGUUCGAGUCAUAGCCAAAAUCCGGGGCUUCACGGACACCCACGCCGAGUUUCCAGCUAACUCGGGGGCUUCGACGACGCCGCGGUUUUCCGUUAACAAGCCCAACGGAGAGGCUUCUGAGAGUGUUACGAUUUUCUUCCCAGCCCAAUCGGGAAGUUGUAAGGAGUAUUGUGAUGUUGAUUACUGUUAUGAUCAACACGAAGACAAUGAUUUGAUAUUUUCGAGAGAGAUAAAACCUUUGAUUUUUGAGGUUUUUGAAGGAUGUAAUCCCACUAUUAUUGCUUGUGGAGGAAGACUUAGUGGAAAGACUUACUUAAUUCAGGGCUCCGAUGGAAAACCUGGUUUGGCUACGCUAGCCGUGUCUAAAAUUCUUUCUAUGGCCGAUCAAACUCGAAAUUCGAUUACUAUCUCUUUCUAUGAGGUUUAUCAGGAGCAUGUUCAUGACCUUUUGGAUCCAAAGCAACCAGUGGUUUCGAUAUUGGAAGAUAAAGGCAAAAUCCAACAUAAAGGACUUUCCCAGGUUCCUAUAAGAUCCAUUGCAGAAUUUUAUAGACUAUAUUUCAGUGGGAGCAGUUCAUGUAAAUCAGGGCAAAAACCUGCAAUUGAGCUUCCUCGCAGGAGCCACAGAGGUUUAGUAGUAAAUGUAUUAUCUUCUGCUGAAAAUUCAGACACACGUCUUGUAGGCAAGAUGAAUUUUGUUGACUUGGCAGGUUAUGAGGAUGGCAGAAGAAAAAGUACUGAUGGGAUAAAUCUUGUUGAGAGUGCCAAAAUUAAUAAGUCCAUUUAUGCCAUGUAUAAUGUUAUUUAUUCUCUCAAUGCCAACGAAAGGCAUGUGCCUUACCGGGAAAGCAAAAUUACUCAUAUGUUAAAAGAUUCUUUUGAUGGGAUGAAUAGAAUUCUGUUGUUCACAUGCUUGAACCCAUCUUCUUGCCAAGAUUCUGUGUACAUGUUAAGUUUAGCGUCUCGAUCUUGUCGAGGCAUUAAUCGAGUUGUCACAGGCUUCACAAAGGAAGCCAAAAGUAUGACAAGACCGAUGGUGCCUUCCUCACAAAAAAAUGGACCACCUGCAAGUGUUCCCACCACUGUGAAGAAGAAACAUACAGCUUCACAAGUGCAUUUUUCCAAAAAGAAAGACAAUGUUAUGGCUUCCACAAUGAAAGGAAGGAAACUAUUUGAUGAAGGUAGUCGUCAGACCCAAUCUGAAAAGGCAAUCAGCUUGGAAGAUAUUGACUCAGCUGAUGAACCUUUGGUGCAGGAAGAGGGGAAGUGCAUUCCAAAUGUUACAAAUUUAACAGUGCUUUCAGAAGUGGAAGCUUUCUCAUUACCAACUUCCAAUAUGGUGAAAACUACUAUACCAAAUAAGGAUGUUUUUAUGGCUAGUAAGGUUUGUCUUCACGGUGGGGACAUUACUCCUAGUCCUCGUGCGAGUAGCAGCACAAAUGGAGCAUCUUUUACUGAACAAGUUCAUAGCAUGGACAAGGAAAACCAAAGUUCAUUGGUCGAUAAAGUUAUUUCCCCACCGUUAAGUGCAAGACUGCGAGAAUUAUCAAACAACUUAAAAUCACUUUGGUCUUCAACUCCAUUACACAUAAAGUUGCUAGAAGAGAAUGAUGCUUCAUCUUAUGGUCAAGUGUGUACUGAGAUUGUGGAACCAAAAACACCAAUAAUGGAUUGGAGUAUUGUUAAUGAAGGAUGGGAUGUUGCAAAUGUUCAUAGUCCUUGGGAAACAUUAAGUAUGCGCAAUUCUGGAAUGAAGAACUCCAUUGUUCAAGAUUAUCUUAAGUUUCUAAACACUGCUGACAAGGAAGACUUGAAAAGACUAAAGGGAAUUGGAGAGAAGAGAGCUACCUCAAUACUUGAGCUUCGUGAAGAAUCUUCGGAACCCUUUAAGAGUCUUGAUGAUCUCAAAGAGGUUGGACUUUCGGCAAAGCAGAUAAAGGGCAUGAUGAAAAAGGAGGUUGCAGAGCUUUUUAACUAACAUAUUAAGAGAUUUUGAUGACUUUCUGUAUUUUAAUUGUUAUACAUAAACUUUACAGCAUUCUGAUAUGUAUUUUAAUAGUUGCCUUCGAAAUGUUUUCCU